CGGAUUUACACCCCUAUAAACAAAGUCCGGAGGUACCCCGCAAGCAACCAUGAACAUCACAAACGGUACCCUGGCGCAGGAGCGAUGCGCCGGCGACAAUGGAAUACCUACCCUGCCUUAUCCGUAUUACUGCGCCACCACCAUCUGGCAACAAGGACUCGAUCGGACACAAAAUCCUUACGGUUAUUUAGUGAUGUGCUGCAAAAGCAAUCAGUACAGCUACUUCGGCGAGAAUAACUGUGCCGCUUACUGCAAUGCCACCAAGGAAACUCAGUCAACUCUGAUGGACUGUCUUACUAUGGGUCACCAUCUGGAGUUCGUUGUUUGUGGUUCAGGGAAGGCGUCUGGAUCUAUGUCGAGCUCAAUGCCCAGCUUAAAAUCCUAUCUUGUUUUGACUGUGGUUCUCAGCGGCCUUUUGCAACUUUGAAAGAUGGGAAAUUGACAUGUAUGUGGGAUAUGGCCGUUUCAGAUGGAGGAUUCAAUUGGAUUAUGCUAUCUGGGGUUUUGUAGGGCAUGAUGGACUAUUCCUUGUUUCGCAACUAGGCAUCAACUUGCAAGCACAUCUUCUCAAG